GAGCAGGGAAAAGGAAAAGGACUGCGCUCCUCACAAGACGCUUCACACACGGACGCCGGUCUGCACCAGCUGUAUCUGUUUUCCUGAAGCCCGGCAUGGAGGAUGUACUGGACACUCGCAGACAGUGGACACUCAAGUCCUUGCUGUUUCUCCUCUUCUUCACGGUGAACGCAUCAGCUCAAUGUCUCAGACCUCAGGGAAGUGGAAAUAUGAUUUUAUCCAAUGAAGCACUUCUAAUGAAUGACUUCCCAGACGGUACUGAUGUCCUCUUACUAUGUGCCAAUGGAUAUGUUAAAGAAAGUGGCUCUGGGACUAUGAGUUGCGUUGGUCAGGAAUGGACAGAACCAGAUCUUGUCUGCAAGAAGAAGGACUGUGGCAUCCCUCCAGCACAACCAAAUAUGAGGUUUGAUGUACCUGAGGGUACUCUGUUUGGUGCCACAAUAGAAGUAUUUUGUGAUCCAGGUUAUCAAAUAUCGGGAUCAAGCUAUAAACAGUGCUUUGCUUUUGGGUGGACUGGAAGAGCAAAUUGUGAAGUUGUUACUUGUGAAGCACCUCCUGAAAUACAGAAUGGCAGCAGCUCUUGGGUUUCUCAAGAGAAUCCAGAAUAUGGAGAAAGCAUUGUUUACCGCUGUAAUGAAGGCUUCAACCUUGUAGGGGAAUUUAGUAUUACGUGUAUGGACACUGGUGAAUACAACUCUUCUGCCCCUGAGUGCAAAGCUGAAUGUCCUAGACCUCAGGGAAAUGGAAAUGUGAUCUUAUCCAAUGAAGCACUUUUAAUGAAUGAGUUCCCAGACGGUUCGGAUGUCACCUUGGAAUGUGCCAAUGGAUAUGUUAAAGCAAGUGGCUCUGGAACUAUGAGUUGCAUUGAUCAGAAAUGGACGGAACCAGAUCUUAUCUGCAAGAAGAAGGACUGUGGCCUCCCUCCACCACAACCAAAUAUGACUUUUGAAACCAGUGAGGGUACUCUGUUUGGUGCCACAGUAAAAGUAGUUUGUGAUACAGGUUACAGGAUCAAUGGAUCAAGCUAUAAACAGUGCCUGUAUUCUGGCUGGAGUGGAGGUGCAAAUUGUGAAAUUGUUACUUGUGGAGCACCUCCUGAAAUACAAAAUGGCAAUAGCUCUUGGGGUUCUCAAGACUAUCCAAAAUAUGGACAGAGCCUUGUUUACCACUGUAACGAAGGCUUCACUCUUGUAGGGGAAUUUAGUAUUACGUGUAUGGACACUGGUGAUUACUCUUCCAGCCCUGAGUGCAAAGGCAUGCAGGAUGUAAAAGAUAUCGGAGCCGUCCAAGUUUUACUCAUAGCGAUAGCCGUAUUCAUAGUUGGAGGCAUAGUUGCAGUCCUUCUGAUAAAAAUCUUUCUCUGGAGAAAAGGCUCGUAUGACACCGGAGAAGACGUGAAGCCGGAAUUCUCACAAUUCACAAAUCUUUAGAUCGCCUUCUUCUCUCAGCUCUGGAAAUGGCAUCGCCCCAAUCUGAUAGAACAUCUCUUAUUGUGAAGAAGGAUGCAUCAACAAACACUGAAUUUUUGACAGAAACCACAAUACUAGCUUUUUAAUAUUUUUAUACGAAAAAUAGGAACUGAUCAAACUUGCUGUACAUUUCUGUAAUUUAUGCAUCAAAAAUGCCUGUUUGCACAAAAUUGUAAAUAUUUCAAUUAUUGAUUUUUAUGCAUUAAGUGUUUCAAAACACUAUAAUAUUAUUUUAUGUUUUUACUUUUUACACUUUUUUUCCCCAAAAGAAUUUGAGUUUGAUGUUUUUGAGGAAAACCAUCAGUCUCCAGCAGGGGUGGCCGGUCCUGAGAGCUCCUAUCCACCAUGUUUUAGAUUUUUCCCUGUUUCCACACACCUGAUUCAAAUUAAUGUUCGUCAACAGCCAGGUCGUCAUCAAGGUCUGGAGAAAUCUGUUACUAUUUGUAUCAGGAUGUGGUGAAGCAGGGAAACAUCUAAAACAUCCUUGUUAGGGGCUCUCGAGGACUAGGAUUGCUCCCCCCUGGUCUAUAGGUUUUCAUGUUUUAUUAUGAGAGAACCAGCAGAAGUCUUUCAAGGAGUGAACAAUGCAGCUAAUUCAUCCGCAGACUGAGCUGGAGGCUGUUUAAGAUACAAUCAGUUACAUUCUUCGCCUCCUGGGAUUCUUUUCAUGAUUGUUUAUUCAUUUUCCUGGGGCUUUUGGGGUAUUUUUUUAUAGAAAAAAUAAUAAUGAUAUAUAUUUAUUUAUUUAUUUAUGUAUGUAUUUUUUAAAUGUUUUUUAUAACGAUAUCAUUUAGCAAUUCAUUGAUGAAACUAUAGAAAUGAGAGAAAAUUCAAAGAAAAUGCAUAAAAAGUUUUUAAACCAUCCAAUAUACAUGCAAUCAUAUCUAUAUAUGUAUAUGUUUUUCUUUUUAUACCUCAGUAGAUUUAUGGAAAAAACCAACAUGACUCUGUUUAGAAGAAUGUAAUCAAAUAUAUAUAUAUUUUUUUCAUGUCUUAUAAAGCUAAGGUCUGUGACCUGAUGAGGAGAAAGUCAAUUUAUUGUCAUGGCUGUUUUUUCUUUAAUUUUAAAUUUUUUUUAUUCCUGGUCAGGGUGUGGACCAGAAGAGAGGAAAUCCCCUUAAUUAAGUGUGAUGACACUGCUUUAUUGUAUCCUGAGCUGCUGUUUUGACAAAAUAGCCCUGCUUCUUUAGAGCCACCAGAGUUGGUUUCUAAAGUCUAGCUUUAGGUUUUCUUGAUGCAAAAAUGUAAGCUGUAUAUUGAUUUAAAAGAUGGUACGAGCGAUAGUGUGGAAGAAGAAAACAUUGGUCACAACCAGGAAUUCAUCAUCAUAGCUGUCUAUUUGUCAUCAGGACAGAUUGAUAAUGUCAAGAGAAGAGGGGUUUUGAUGUUUAGAUGCCUUGACAACAGUGAGUACAGUUCAAGAAAUCAUCAAUCAUCUUCCAUCCUGUCCAGCCUGUCACCCAAAAUUAAAAGAAAUGAUUAAUGUCUGUAAUAUCUCUGUAUAAAUUGAAGCCAAAUUGAUUCAGAAAAAACCCGGUAAAAGUUGAUUCUGAUGAAAGAUGGGAUCUGACUUUUUUCUUAUUGACGUCCUACAAACGAAAAGACCUAAAGACUUACUAAAUUCAACAAUUCUGGUUUCCAUUG